CGACAAUGUCAAACUUCCUUCUUGCCCGCUUGGGCCACAAGGCCCCUUCGCUUCUACAGUAACAGCGCCACUUUAGGCGCCAUCGAGGUGGUCCGCACAUCCAUCAGAUGCCCCUCCGCCUGUUGAUUCUGGGCAUCUGUGUUUGAAAAGUGUACGGAGUGUGUAUACGCGUACUUUGCACUGCCGGCAGGAGUCGAUCUGCUAAAGGCCCUUGGCCGUUCGACUCCCCCAGUUACCAAUUGCUGCAACCGACGUUGCAUAACUGGCUCGCUUGUGUAUCAAACCGCCACAGGGGAUGAGUAUCAUGUCAUGCUCCAUUUUUCCAACCAUCGUCGCUUCCACAAACGGUCAACUGACUCUGCAUACUUUGCAUAGUUCCAUCCUACUCUGUUCUGGUGCUGCCCGUCCCCUGCCGACUCAUCUUGCGAGAAGCCAAUACCAGUGGACGAUAAUCUCCAGCCCUCGAAAAAGUUCUCAAACCGCCAACCAGAAUCCCUCACGCGUGGAUGCCUGGUUCUGGGCUUCACGGCCGCUGAGCCUCCCUCCAGCCUUGCUCGAACUUGUUGCUCCGCCGCUCGUUCUCAACGCUCAUGCGUUCUCCUACUUUGGAUUUGUUCUCGGCAUGGUCAACGGCCAGUGGCCAAUCAUGAAUUGGGGGCCAUCACACUUCACAUGAUUUAGGGUACGUUUGGGAACAAGUGGCAAAGACAAGGGUGUUGCUGAAUUCCUCUGGCGGUAACGGAGUCACAGCCUGGGCUGUUCUGGCCCGUAAUCACCGCAACUACGAGAGUGAGUGAGCACCAGCUUUUCCAGAUAUGCUUAACGACGGCGGUCAACAAUCUGGCCACUGGCCACAACUGGUUGCUCACCAUGCAGACAGCUCUACGGUUUUAACCAUGGCUAUCGAGUCUUGAUCGUGUGUUCAGAUCGCUAUGACAGUUUCGGCUACUAGUUGCUGGUCAUCCAUGCUUUGGCACCUUCCAUACAUUCUCACCCGGGUUCAUGAAGGUGGCCACGCCGACUAGUCGUCGAGUUACACGUCUACUGGUUGAACCGGUCACACUCAAGUUUCUCUUUUAAUGCUUCUCGUGUUGUCGAGGCCCGGCAGACUAGUUGAUUCUCAUUGGCUAUUCCUGUAGGUUCCUGGUGGUCUGAUUAGCACUACGGAGUAAGGAGUACCAACGUUUCGAUCGCACAAUUGCCUGUUUGGGCUGCUGAGAUGCCAUGUCGUACAAAAUUAGGCCGUGCCUCUCACAAUGGCCGCCCACCCCCUCGUGACCCUGGGCCAGGACGGGGCUCACGCCGGGGACAAUGCUGCCAGUGUAGCUUCUUCCAGGAGCCUUGUCCCUCAGCGCUAAUCCAAACAGCUUCACAAAGAUAUACGUCUCAGAAUAUUUGGAAAGGCCCAC